AUGGUAACAUUGAAAAUUAUCAGUGUUAAUGUCCUCUGUACCUCAGUACUCAGCUAUUUUGUGCAGGUGUCUUUAUUUGUUGUUGGACCAAGAGGAGAUGUCGAAAAUCCUUCAGAUAAACUGCUGGAAUGGAUGAAUGUCACCAAUGUGCGCUUGCAGUUUAUGUCACUUUUUCGCAUUUUUGAUCCACUGGCUGUCAAAUGGCAUCACUAUGCUGUAAGAGAAGUUGAGGUAGAUGCCUACUGUGUAUGCAAUGGACAAGGAAAUGGAAUAGAUUGUAAAUUCAAUGAUACACUGGGUGAAAAUGAGUGUGUUUGUCAAGAAGGAGCAUGUGGUAUUGAUUGUGGAAGAUGCUGUCCCGCCUACAAUCAGUAUCCAUGGAAACCAGGAAACAGGGGCCCUCUUGUGGCUGAUAAGGAUGCUGCAUGCCAACUUUGCAACUGUCAUAACCAUAGUGCAGUGUGUGUUUACAACGAGACAGUAGCUCAGAUGAAGAAGAGUUUAAACAUCCAUGGGAAUUAUUCUGGUGGAGGUGUCUGUCAAAAUUGUCAGGACAAUACUGAAGGGAUUAACUGUGAAGUGUGCAAGCCAUUUUUCUACAGACCAAGAAAUAAAUUGCAGUGGGACAAAGAUGCUUGUCGAGCAUGUAACUGCAGCGUGGCAGGAACAAAAAAUGCAACCCUCCCUGGAGUGCUGUAUCUUGAUUGUUUGAGAGAUGAGAAUACAGUUCCUCUUCGUCCAGGAAUGGAACCUGGUAGCUGUGUCUGCAAAAACAACACUUUUGGAAGACAGUGUGACCAAUGCAAACCUGGAUUUUUUAAUUUAUCGACAGAAAAUCCUACUGGUUGCCAAGAAUGUAUGUGUCACACCCCUGGUACAGUAAAUGGUUCCAAUGUUUGUGAGCCAGGUGCAAGUGGCCAUUGCACUUGCAAGAAAAAUGUGGAAGGAAAUCAUUGUAUGCAUUGCAAAGAUACAUACUAUGACCUGCACAAGGAUAACGUCUAUGGAUGUACAGAAUGUGAUUGUGAUGUUGGUGGGUCUUAUGGACCUGUGUGCAACAAGGCAUCUGGCCAGUGUAAAUGCAAAGCUAAUGUUACUCAGCGGCAAUGCAACAGUCCUAAGGAUGAAUUUUAUUUUCCAACCCUGCAUUUUAUCAGAAGUCAUGGAUAUCAUAUUUCUGCCUCUCAAGAGGGCAACAAGACGUGGUCAGCAUCAGUGGAUAUCGUUCAAGGAGUGAACUCCACUGGUAUAUUUACCCUCAUCUUCUCUUACACCAGCGCAGUAAGAGUUACUGUUAUGAUAAGUGUGGAAUCUACCAUAGUUGCAGUCUCUCUGGACAGCUGUGCCCAGAAAUGUUAUCAAAAUCUGUCUGCAGUACUUGGAGAAAGGUCUCUGUCUGGUACUCUAGUGGUCAACGUCACUUAUCCUGCAUCAGUGGUUGAUUUUAAACCCCUUGAAGUUGUAGCUAUCCCCCAAGAAUUCUACCAAGCAACAUUAUUAAACAAUUCAACGGGACCAGAAUUCUUGGCAAAUUGCUCUGUGUUAGAUAACAACAUGGGAGAUGGAGUUGUCAAGGAGUUCUGCCUUGCACAAGUUUUCUCUCUUACGGUAGACUACCUUGGAGGAGCUUUGGCAUGCAAUUGCAGCAUGACAGGCUCGGUAAAUAGCACCUGUCAAAAGUAUGGUGGCCAGUGUCACUGUAAACCAGGUGUUACUGGAAGGACCUGUGAUCAGUGUAUGGCAGGAUUCUACAAUUUCACCUCCAGGGGAUGUUCAGCUUGUGGUUGUGUUGGAGAGGAUAAAAUUUGUGAUGCGGAGUCUGGCCAGUGCACCUGUCCUCCUAACACUGUUGGUCGCACAUGCAAUCAGUGUAAUUACACAUUUUGGGGAUGGAAUGAAACAGUUGGUUGUGAGGCUUGUAACUGCAGCUCAGUUGGAUCUAUGAAUUUGCAGUGUAACCUUACCACAGGGAUUUGCAGCUGUAAGCCUGGUGUACAAGGUGAGAAGUGUACUGAGUGCAUGAAUGGCUACAAAAAUUUCUCCACCUCUGGUUGUUCUCCAUGUAACUGUAAUGGAAAUGGAAGUUUGAGUGAAGUGUGUAACAAAGUCUCCCAGCAGUGUCCUUGCAAGAACAACUCGGCUGGUUUGCGUUGUGACAGAUGUGAGAAUGGGUAUUUCUACUUGACAAGCAGUAACCCUGAAGGAUGUACAAAUUGUGUGUGUAUGGGAAUCAGUACCAACUGCAGCAGUACAAGACAUUACAGAAAAAAGAAUCAAGUUGACCUGAAUGUUUGGAAAUUGGGAUCAUAUACUGACAACCAGAACUACAUAGAAGUCUCUCAAAUCUCUGUAAUGGAUGACAGUGUCCCAGUAACCAUGAUUGCAGCAAAUGUGUCAACUAAUAAAACGCUCUAUUGGAAAGCAAGUGCUAACUUCACUGAUCACAGUCUGAUUGGAGCUUAUGGAGGAAAUAUGAGUUUUAAACUUUUCUUCAAGCCACUGGCGAAUGGGACUCUGGCUGUGUCACAGCCAAAAGUUAUCUUGAAGGGUAUCAGAAACAUAUCCAUUGAGCAUGCUUUAGCAGCUGUAUCUGCUGACCAAGCAACUGCAAGAACUGUGACAAUGAGAGAAAUUGCUUGGGUUUACAGUGAUAGCUUAUUACUAGUGUCUAGGGAAGAUUUCCUCCUUGUACUAGCCAGGGCACAAGCUCUCUUUAUUACGGCAUCAUUUUAUUCUGCUGGCCAAGGUUUAUACCUCACAAGCCUUGGUGAUGUUAAAAUUGAUGACGUAAGCGAAAUGGUAUCAGAUGCAGGAAGAGCUUAUGAUGUAGAGCAGUGUAACUGCGGAGAUGGUUAUACCGGUUUGUCGUGUGAGCGAUGUGCCAGAGGGUAUCACAGAGUGAAUGUGUCAGAUGACAUGUUUCUUGGGAAGUGCGAGCCUUGUAACUGUAACGGACACACAGAAGACUGCGAUCCAGCCACUGGACAGUGCUUGAACUGUGCUCAUAAUACCACUGGUUUUCACUGCGAGAUCUGCCUUGAUGGUUUCUAUGGUAACGCUACUCAUGGAACUCCUGGUGACUGCAAGAAAUGUCCCUGUGAGGAACCACGGACAACCACUGCUCUGUGCAAAGCUGGAGCUGAUGGUCAACCGGAGUGCCUCAACUGCUCUGAGGGAUACAAGGGAGACAUUUGUGGAAGUUGUCAGCUAGGGUUCUUUGGCGAACCACUCAUGCCGGGAGGAAACUGUUCAAGAUGCCAGUGUAACAAUAAUUCAGAUGUGUGUAACACAACAACUGGAGAGUGUUUGAACUGUCAGUAUAACACGACUGGAUUUCACUGUGAACGCUGUGAGAAUGGAACUUGGGGAAACGCUACCGCACAGCAGUGUCAAGCUUGUGUCUGUGAUGGUGUUGGAGCUUAUCAUAACGUUUGUAAUCACGUAACCGGGCAAUGUGAAUGUAAACCGCGUGUAACAGGGCUAAACUGCUCCAGAUGCGAGCCCUACAGCUAUAACUUUACUUCAGGCGGAUGUACACCUUGCGAAUGUAACAAAUUUGGAUCUAGCUCUCUUCAGUGUAAUGAAUCAGGAAUCUGUCAGUGUAAGAACCACACUCUUGGUGACAAGUGUGACCUGUGUGAGUGGGGGUAUUUUGGACUUCCUAACGCCACGUGUCAAGAUUGUAACUGCAAUGACACUGGCUCAGACAAUCACACGCGAUGUGACCGCACAACAGGCCAGUGUUACUGUAAACCUGGCGUAACAAGUAGAGUGUGUGACCAAUGCAUGGUACAACAUACGAACUUCUCAGGAGAUGGCUGUGACCCAUGUCCACGUUGCACCAGACUUGGUUUACAAGGGGAUCUUAACACAACUCUAACAAUCUUGAAAGAUGCUCAACAGAAAGCUGAUACGGUUUCUAACUUAAAAAAAUUGUGGCCCGAGCUAGAGGAAGUCGAGGGUCUUAUCGCUGAAGCAAAGAAAUCUUCAGCUGAAUUUGACAUAUUGGUGAAAGGCCUUCUUCAAAACAUAACUGAACUAGAAAAGAGCACUCCAAACAGAACUGUCGGCGACUUACAAGACAUGUUGACAAGGACAUCACAAGAAAGCGAAAAUUUGACAGCCAUCGUCUCUCGCGAGUUACUCCAGAUUGAAGAAUUAAAUGCGAACACUCAGUCUUCGAAAGACAACGUAACAGCAUUGAAUGGUACUGUUACUGAAAUAUUGGAUCAACUGACCAAGCUGAGAGACCAUGCAGACAGUGUAUUGGGAAGUAUAAGUGGCAUUAUAAAUAAGACGUAUGAGACGGAAAUGCAGCGAGUUGAUGAGGAGGUUCAGUCGGUGGAGUCCGCCCACAGCCUUGCUAUGUCAGCACAGUACAAUGUGACAUCUCAUAAGAACAUGUCAGAAAACCUCAACAAGACCAUGCUGCAGGCUCAAGGAAGCUACUUGAUCUCAAAUGGAAUGUUUGAUCUGAUGAAACCGCAGAUUGUUACAAUCACUGAUAGAACCAACGAAGCUGUUGCUCUUAUGAACCAAACUAAGAACUUAAUUGAUAAAGCGAGAAACACAACAGAUCAUGCUCUUGAGUUGCUUCAGAUUGUCACUGGAAUUUUAAACAGGAGCAGCCAGUACGUUUCAACUGGUCAUAGCUACUACAAGAAUACAAGUGAUCUUAUCGGUGGUCUACAAGCAGACAUGAAUACACUGGAGAACUCUCUAACAGCUGUGGGUCCAGAGGUGUCUGCUGCAAACCAAAGUGUCCUGGAAAAUGCUACUAAACAUGCAGCUAAUUUGACAGCCUUGGCCAGGGAAAGGCAAAGCGUGUUUAACAACACUCUUGCGCACGGGGCACGUGCAGUGGAUGCUAUUAAAACAUUCGAAGAAGUAGUUGUGCUGGGAAAUCAGUCACUGGAAACCUCACAGCAAGUGAACAGUUCGCUUCAGGAAAUCAUGAACCGACUCGAGAACCUCACUGUAGUAAGCUCUGACCUUCAAACACGAGUUGCUUCCUCUCGAGAUAAGAGUGAAACUCUCUUGAACGAAACUUUAGACAGAGAUAUAAACUUACCAGGACUACGUGCGAAUGUGACAUCAUCAAACCGGACAUACAUGAAUGCUGUAAUGACUGGGGAGUCAGUUGAUGCUCAGUAUAGUUCGCUGCUAUCCAGCCGAGACUUACUGAUGCAGGCUGCUGAAGUAGGAAGCAAUUCUCACUCUAUCGUUUCUGAUUCUAAGAGUGCCACCGAUAAUUUCGAAGAGGCGAUGUAUCGUUCUAAUCCAGUUAAUGAUGGCGUACCAUCCCUAUUGAAUCAAGUGGAUAGACUCGAGGAAAGGAUGCAGUCAAUUAAUCAGUCAGCGGAGAGAGCUGCUGUGCUGAUGAACCAGGCAUUUGAUAAUGUACAAAAUGCUAGUAAAUCAUUGGACAGUGUGGAUGACGCGGUACAGGAAUCCGAUCGUCUCAGGAAUAUAACAGUUUCCUUACAAGCUCAAUUGAAACAAAACAUGACAGCACUGGAUGAAAAGCUCAGGAGAGCGAGAGAAUAUGUCGCCAAGAUUCGUCUCGCUCUCAAUGUGCAAGGAAGCACGGUUGUGCGGUAUAACCCAACAUCCCGCUUAAUAAACAAGACCACGUACACUGAGAUAAGAAUGGACUUCCGAGCGACACGAGUACAGGGUGCACUGUUUUACUUAUCGGAUGAGUCUAAUAGCGCACUGGCGGUGACUCUAGAGGCCGGGUCCUAUGUUAGGUUUCAGUACACCCUUGGCACAGGACCAAUAACCAUCACCAACUGGGCAGUGCCGGUGAGGCCUGGGCACUGGUACACAGCCUACGCCACCCGAUACAAGACGGAUGGGCGUUUAACAGUGACAGACCACAGUAGAAAUUUUAGUCGGACUUACGAGAGCGAUUCGGACACAAUUUCCUCAGUUAUCGACACUGACUUCCGCUUAAAUGAUCUCGUUCACAUUGGAGGUCUUCCGGAUGGAGUCAUGGUAAACAAGAGUGAUCGGUACUUUGAUGGCUGUAUUGAUAACGUUGUACUCAAUCAGGAGGCCCUGAAUCUGUGGGAGCCAGUUGAGGUGCAAGGAAAUCGAUCUUUCUGCUCCAGAAGGCCUGCAGUCCAGAUGGAUACUGUUCCAGGAAGCAGCUUCUUCGGUAUACCUGAUGGUCAUUUGAAACAGACGAUGGGAGAGUUCAACAUCACUGGGGAGUCAAAAAUGGAAUUUGAGUUCAGAACAUUCUUUGAAACGGCGUUUGUAGCAGGCGUCUUAAAUGGACAGAAUUACGCAUACGGAGUGUACUUAAACGACAGCAGAGUAGUGUUUUUCUUUAAAACAUACAACCGCACGUACACUGUACACAGUAAUAGCAACUCUUACAGCGAUGGCCGCUGGUACAAGGUGCAUGUGGUGCGCGGUCUCAGAAAUACCAGUCUGGCCGUGAGACCUGUUGGUCCGUCUGACAGUGGAGCAGUUGAUCACGUGACAAUAAUGACAAAGACCACUGAGUAUCUUGCGGAUGGACAGGCUCUGUUAUUUGGUGGUAAAGAUCCAAACAGCGCAAUCAGUGCUCCUGUGGGUUCUCCAUUUGCUGGGGCUCUACGGUAUGUCAACAUCAGUAGCCCUCUUUCUGGGUCCCUGAUGACCCGACCACUCAACAACGCCAAUAUGAAUCUGUCAUUGGAGGGAGUGAGCUUUAAGGGGCUCCUUCCUGUGGUGGAGGAAGGCAUUCGUUUCCUUGGUAACAGUUACGCUGCUGUAGAAACCGGCGAAGCACAAAUGAAGUCGCUGGAGAUCUCCUUCAAAACACUCUCCCCCAGUGGUGUUCUUGUUUAUAGCGCGGGUGGAGAGGGUCCGUGGUUCUAUUUGGCUCUUUUCCAUGGCAAUAUUUAUUUAGUGCACGUUACAGAUUUGGAAAAAAUAGUUUCCACCGUAAGCAAGGACGAGACACUUAAUGAUGGUGCCUAUCAUACUGUGAAAAUUGAAUUUGGACCAGCUGGGAGCAACGUAUAUCUUGAUGGUAACUCCCUCUCAGAGGUCUUUGCUAAAGGGUACGUUAGUCUUAACGGGAGUUUGUGGAUCGGGGGAGUGGAUGACAGGACAAAUAUACCCAGGGAAUUCCCUGUUAUCAACGCGUUCAAAGGCGACAUGAGGAUCUUAAAAGUGAACGGAAAAGAUGUAAACAUCUUCUCAGGAAGAAGCCUCGGAGUGUCACUGGCGGGAGUUUCACCUGAACUGAACGUUAUACCUACAGCACUUCCCACCACCCCACCCCCCACCAAGCCACCACCCACUUGUGGUCGCUCAUACCCUCCCCUGCGGAAUUCCUCUCGUGAAGAUGAGGCUCGCUUGGAUGGUUCUGAUUAUAUGGCCUUCCAUGCAAGUGCAGAAGUGCUAAACUUUACAAGAACCCGUUUCGUGAUCAGUGUGAAAUUCCGUUCCCUUGUUCCAAACGGAGUGCUACUUUAUGCUGCCAAUGACCUGCAGAUGCCGACUCACUUUAUCAGUUUGGAGCUGGUGAAUGGCCGCUUGGUUUUCAAAUACAACGCAGGCUUCAAAACAGUCAAAGUUCUAAGCACAUUUAACAACUACUCUGAUGGUGGUUAUUUCUACACGGUUCGUCUCCUAAGGAUUAAUCAGUUUGGCGCUAUGCUGGUUGUUUCAAACAAAGAUUAUGGAAAUCAACGUCAAGGAGAUGACAAAGUUCCUCUGGAGAUUAACACUCCGUUCUACUACGGAGGGGUCCCACGGGGAAUUAACCUUACGCAUUUAGAGUGUCAUGGCGUCGGUUUCCUUGGAUGCAUGGGACCUCUUGAAAUUCAAGACGGAAACUUCGAAUCCAAAACCUUCAAUCCUCGGACUGAUAGAGACGAAAGGGAUUCUAACUACACCUUCAAAGCCUGCUACAGCGAGAUACAAGCACAAGUUGGUUUCUCUGGUGAUGGUCAUAUUGUAUACGACUCAAACUACUCAUUACCUGAGGAGACAAACAUUGGUAUUAUCUUCCGAACCACCACUCGCUCCGGACUCCUUUUGUCCAUUACCAACAGCUCGGGUCCUGGAUCCGUUACUUUGGAGCAACUUGAAGGACAGGUUGUUCUCAUUUUCAACAAUGCGCACAACUCGUCCGUGAUCCGAUGGACAGAUCCAUCGAUCCCAAAAGACGGACAAUAUAACGCUUCCUUCCAUCUGUGUGAUAACAAGUUUCAUAGAGUUCUAGUUUCGCGGAAUAAGGGUAUUGUAGAACUCAGGGUGGAUGAUCACGCACCGCUACAAGGUGUGGUACCCUCAGCCUUCACACUCAACCAGGGAAAAUUUCACAUCGGCGGUGUACCAGAUGGUUCUGGUUACCAGACGCACAGCGGUUUGUCUCAUAAAGGAUUCACUGGCUGUGUACAAGGUCUAAAGAUUGACGAGCAGGCGGUUGGCUUGUUAAGGCUGAAUCCCAGCCAACUGCAUAAUGUACAACUCGGCUGCAAUGCUCCAAGACAAGCUUGAGUUAAGACCUGCAGGAAACUCCAAUCUGUAUUUUUAUAAGUGUUUGAGUAGAGAGAAAUAUUGCUUCGCCUGGUGAAGCUUUAUAUGAUUUUCAUAUUAAUAUAUAUAACUUCUUUUCCUGAUAUAAUCCUUGUUUGUUUACGCUGUUCUGGUUUUGAUAUCUGAUGAGUUCUCUGAAUGUAUUUUUCAUUAUUUUUUUUGCUAUUUUUUUACUAUUUUUUGAUAAUUCAGAAAUAGCCCCAAUUAGAUAUCAUGUACUGCUUUUGAAAACAUUUUAGUCAGGCGAGCUUUGACUGAAACCUCAUAGGGCCAGUUAUUUAAACAAAGUUUAGCCGUUAUUAAACAAAGCCGUGCUCAUAACUAUCUGUAAUUGAGCUGAAUCUUUUAUCGGAACAUUUAUUUUUGUGAACACUGCCGAGAGAGCCGAAUUAAAGCUAGCAGUGGAAGGACAUUAAUGAACACAACCAUCUUAUAGAGAAUACGUAAGGCCCAUUGCUUGCGUAAAACCGCGGUUUGAGUCAGAACUGGUGUUAGUAACCGGCCCGUAUUGUCCUGGAAUCGGCCAACACAUUGCUCUUUCAACGUAUUGUUAUACAUUUAUUUAUAGUUUGUGAUAGUUUUAACUAAUUGCUUAACAAUCUGUCGGAAUUUACCAUCAUUGUGACCAGUGUGAAUAUUGUUAGAUGAGAAAUAAACAUUGAACUUUUUUUUAUAAA